GCGCGCUGCGAAGCCGGCCAGAAGCGACGGGGUGGGACGGGGACAGGUGAACUUGGGUUCGUCUUCGUUCCCUCGCGCCGCCGGACACCGGGCAGGCCCGGGCACCAUGAAGAUCUGGACGUCCGAGCACGUUUUUGACCACCCAUGGGAAACCGUUACUACCGCUGCCAUGCAGAAAUACCCAAACCCGAUGAAGCCCAGCGUGGUUGGCGUUGAUGUGCUCCACCGACCUGUAGAUCCUUCUGGAAAGCUGCACAGCCACAGGCUCCUCAGCACCGAGUGGGGCCUGCCCUCCAUUGCGAAGUCUCUCAUUGGUGCAGAAAGAACCAAGACGUAUGCGCAGGAGCACUCUGUGGUUGACCCUGUGAGGAAGACAAUGGAGCUGAGGUCUACCAACAUUUCAUUCACUAAUAUGGUUUCCGUAGGCGAGAGACUUACAUACAAGCCACAUCCUCAGGACCCAGAAAAGACUGUUUUGACCCAGGAAGCCGUGAUCACUGUGAAAGGCGUCAACUUGAGCAGCUCCCUCGAAGGACUGAUGGCCAGCACCGUGUCUUCCAAGGCGAGGAAAGGCCGAGAAGCAGUGGAGUGGGGCAUCCGUAAGUUAAACGCCGAGGUUGAAGCACUGACCGCUUCGGCACGAGGAAGCAUAAGGGCGCCCAUAGCGGCGGCUGCGCUGGGCGAGGAGUGACCGCGAGAGUGGGGGCGCAGCGGCCAGUCCCCGGGCUCUCCAAGCUGACAGCAUAUUUAUUUGUUAUUUAAAAAAAUACAGGUAUU